GCCCUCUUUGUUCUUCAACUUCCGGUAAUGGCGGCUCUGUGAUGAAGACGUUGGGUCACAAAAUAGAUUAUUCGGGAUAGCGAUGUAAAGCAGACUUAAUAGGGAAUUUCCACGAUGGAGCAGGUAACAUUACUUACGAAAUAUAAUUUUAUCUUGAGAAAUCGCGCGCAAACCGUAAAGAAGGUGAAAUAUUUAGUGAAAUUUCUGUGAUCCAGCAGUUCUUGCAGCUAGGAUGUAAGAUGACCAAUCACCACAGAGGAAGGCUGAAUGCAUGGAAGUCAAAUUCUGUCUCCUGAUGCUGCCGUGUUUGUUCCACGACAAUUUGCAGCAGACGGAUUGUCACAGAUUCAGCAGAUUCCAUCUUACAUGACGAACUGUUAUCCGUUUGUGGAUGCAGACAGGCAUAAGAAUUGGGGUCGACAUGGCAGACCCCCUGCACCUUUUUCAGGUCCCUGUCCAAGACCUGGCAACCAAAGAAUGACCAGAAAUUAUCCAGCAGGUCCUGUAAACAGAGUGCCAGGACCAUUCAAUCCAAACAUCCCCCCUCCUCUUGAGAACACAUGGAUGAUGCCUCCAACCAGUGCUCCACCUUUGAACUUUCUGAAUUUCCCACCCCCAGAUCUGGUCAGUCAGGACAAGGAGCCUCUGCAAAGGGAUUCACCCAGAGUUCCAAGUAAACAUGGCUGGUCUGCGAGGGAGGGGGAAGGAAGGGAGGGUCAGCGACACAGUAAGAAGAGAGAUCAUAAGUCAGACAGUUUGGAGGGAAGGAAAAAUGACCAGAGAAGUAGAAACAACUCUGGCAAGAGUAACCACAGUGAGAGUCACAGAGAGGACACGAAAGCUCAGAGUAGGAGGAAGAGGAACAGCCAGAAGUUAAGUGUCGGUCAGGAGGUGAUAGCAGGCGACCAGCCACCAGACGUCUCACUGACAGUCUGUGUCACGGAUACGGCUGUACAAACAGAAUUUUCAGAGAAGUUUGCUAAUCAGAUUCUUGCUCAGUAUCCCAGCCCUCUGUUUAAUCCGGACUUAAGUAGCCGUGGUUUGAGUAGAGUGGUCGGCAGCUCCUCAGAGGACUCGGACAGUGGCUAUCACAGUCCACUACACCGGAAAAAUCAGGUCACGAGUGGCACACAACCGGGGGAACUUGUCUCUACUCCGGUUGUCAACAAAUCACAGCGUAACACCAGGGACAGUGAUAAACAUUUGAUUAAUCAGCCAUCAUCGGGGAGAGCUGCAGAAAAAUCAUCCAUCUCCUCAAAGGAGAGUCCACCCUCACAUCAGGUGUUUUCUUAUGCAUUUAUUGCACAAUCGAAGCCUGUGAUAGAGUCCAGUGUGAAGAUGAUCGAGGGCCGGGAGGAAGACACAAGGCCAGCUGAAUGCAAGAAGACAGAGGGAGAGGAAAGUGGAAAUGAAGGGAAGAGAAAAAGGAAACGGAAUAGGAGAAGAAGAAAGAAGAAGAAAGAAGAAAAUGAGGAGGGAACAGAGAGACAACCAGAGGAGGGUUCACGAGAAGUGGAGCUUCACUUCCAGGAUGAGGAGGAGUUCCCAAACCUGAGAAUGAGGCAGGAUAAUGUAGGGGGCCCACACAAAACGCCCACCGUAUCCUACAGUGCUGUGCUGUCAAAAGAUAAGACUUCUUCACAAAAUGAACAGUGGAAAAAAAUGGAUGGACCAAGUUCUGGUCCAGGGCUCGACUGUACAGGGGAUCAUAGCGGUGUUCGUAACUCUCGACGGCGGAGAAAGAAGCUGGAGAUGGUAGAGCAGGCCGCCGAGGAAGAACUGGCUGAGAUCAGUCUGGAGCAGCAGAUGCUGAAAGAACUCAACUUAAAGCCCCAGGAGAAGGGUCAUUCAAACCGGCCGAACUCGGGUCUCCAACAAAGGUCAAGUCCAGCCAAUCCUCAGCCCGGGAUACUAAAAGUCCCUCUGCAGAAUCAACCUGUGGGGAAGAAAACAAAACAGGGAAUUUCUUUAGAUCUCAGUGCGAUGAUUGAUGCAUUGGAGAAAAAGAAACCUGAAGUUCACAGACCAGUUGAACAGAAGGCUAUCAAAAAACCUGAACUCAAAACCAAGGAGAACAAGAUCUACUUUCAGAAGCCAGGAUUGGGACACAACUUGUUGGAUGCAUCAGCUCCUGUCAAACGAGGAAAGGAGAGGGAAAACCCCAAACCAAAGAAACCCAGCUCCCUAAAAAAAGUUAUCUUGAAAGAGAGAGAGGAAAAGAAAAAGAUGAGGCUUCUUGAGGAUGCUGAAUCUGCCAACAAUGGUGUGACUCUGGGUAUUGGUGUAGUGUCAGGAAAUGAAAGUGACUUGUCUCAAGAUGCUGUCAGCUCUAAAGGAUCAGUGGUGGAUUACACAGGCACGGGCACACCUGCCAGUAACGACCUGUCACCCAUCAGCCAAACCUCGCCAAUCAAUAUGAGCCCCCUAUCCCCCGGGGUCAGCCCACAGAAUUCAGAGGUCAACAGUCCAAUAGCAGGAACCAUUGGCAAGGAAGUUCGCAUGAAAAUUCAUAGUCGGCGAUUCAGAGAGUACUGUAACCAGGUGCUAAACAAGGACUUAGACAACUGCUGCACACGACUGUUACAGGAUCUCGUCCGCUUUCAGGACAGGAUGUACCAUAAAGAUCCGGUCAAGGCUAAAACCAAGAGAAGGAUAGUACUAGGAUUGAGGGAGGUCACCAAGCAUUUGAAACUGAAAAAGAUAAAGGUGGUUAUCAUCUCCCCAAAUCUGGAGAAAAUUCAGUCUAAAGGUGGUCUGGAUGAUGCACUCAAUAACAUACUCAAUCUGUGUAACGAACAAAAUGUUCCCUUUGUUUUUGCCCUGGGACGACGCGCACUUGGCAGAGCUUGUGCUAAACUGGUUCCUGUUAGUGUUGUGGGGAUCUUCAAUUACAGUGGAACAGAGGAAAAUUUCCACAAUAUGAUGGAGCUAUCUGAACAGGCGAGACAGUCCUACAAGGAGAUGGUCAGUGUGAUAGAGCGAGAGAUCAGAGACUACCCUACCCUAGGGGCCGCGGCUGCUGUCCCGCAUAUCUAUGCCCACAUGGGUCAUUCCCGCACUCCCUCCGGAGCCAGUGUGCUCAGCUUCACCAGCAGUCUGCUCUCAGAGCCCAUAUCAGAAAAUUAUCCCCAUUCUGAGCCGGAGACGGAUGCUGCAGGAUAUGAGAUACCAAGAACAAAGAAGGACCCCCCUCCGAUCAUCAGUCGAGGGUCAAUACAGGCAGUCUAUGAAUCACAGAUGCGACUUAUUUACCCUCAGCUGGAUAUCGAUGAUGGUAAUGAAGCAGACACAGAGGAAGGGGUCACCAAAGGUCAUCAGCAUGAUGAUGGUUCAUCGGACAGUGACCCAUCAUCAGAGGUGGACACAAUGAAAGCCCUGCCACAUAUAGACUCCAUCCACAACAGCACACACGAUCUGUCCCAGAACUCAGGCCGGACAGUGGAUAAUUGUGAUGCCAUUUCCACACAUUCGUCUCGCACGCUCGGUGAUGGUAGUUCCACCCUCCUAGCUGACCCCGGUGAAAGAUCGAAACAUGGGACACCAAAAAGCACUGAGAGUCCGAGCAACACGUUACAGCGAGGGAAGGUGAUCGAUUCAGAAAGAAUCCAGAACUGGGUGGAUCAGACCAAAUCUCGCCUAGAAGACCUCCAAUAUCUACAGGAAAACUCGGAGACGUCCAGCGAGGUGGACAGCAGUGAGGAGGACACGGUGGAUGAACUCAAUCUGUCCUCGGUGUUUGAAAGGACUAGUAGUGAAAAGACACCAGGAGGGGAGGAGCAUGGUUCUUCUGCUACAGCAGGCCAUGAAAACAUUGAGGAGGUGUCUGUCGUUACAACAGAAACAGAGAAUUCCGAGAGUGCAGCGAACAGUCAGAAAACAGCUGCCCUGUCCUGACGUCACGGUAACCAGCCAUCAUGUGAUCCUUCAAAGAACCCCUGUGUGUUUGUGUUGUUCAUAUUUAUUUUGUCAUGAAAUAUUUCCUUAUCAUUCCUGGUCCAAAGUUAUGCGAGUUGUUGCUAUAUGUAAUGCUUACAGUCCAUUGUCCAUGAUUCCGCUUUGAAACCACUUUGACAGUUUAAGCCUUAUCAAGUCUGGUGAUUGUUUAGCUUAUAUACCCGGUACUUGUAGAUUAUAAUUUAUGUUCAAAGUAUUGAUUCUUCAACAAACAUGUCUGUGUGACCAUAUGAACUGCUAGAAUGCAACACCUCCUCACUCACCACUUGUACGAUAUUUUCAAAAUUUGUGAGGAAAAUAUUACCUACAACAAGAGAAUCUUUUGUGUUUGUGAAAGCCUGGGGCCUGUUUUACAAAACAACUUACGACGAAGUCGCAAGUCUUAAAUUGUAUUACACAGUUAUUACAUUGAUUGAAUGAAGUAAAACUUCUGAGGCUUAGUUUUCAAUAUUAAAAAAAAAUAUUUUGCAUUUGUAGUGAAUGAUCUUACAAUAAACUAGAAAAUUCCAGUAUGUAAACUUGGUCGUAAGUUCUUUUGUAGAACACGCCGCUGGUGUAUGAGAGUAGUGUCCACAUCACAUAUUUGUUAAAAUCCCACAGGGAUCAGUAUCUGUGUAUCUUCAGUGAGAGUGGGGGGGAUGUUGAUUUAUAUCUACCCGUCUGUCUUCUGUCUAUGUUAGAGAUGAAACUUCACAUGAAGAGUACAAUUAGUUGUCAUAAAAACACUGAUAUCUUAAGUACAAUUAGUUGUCGUGAAAACACUAAUAUCUUAAGUACAAUUAGUUGUCGUGAAAACACUGAUAUCUUAAGUACAAUUAGUUGUCGUGAAAACACUGAUAUCUUAAGUACAAUUAGUUGUCAUGAAAACACUGAUAUCUUAAGUACAAUUAGUUGUCAUGAAAACACUGAUAUCUUAAGUACAAUUAGUUGUCAUGAAAACACUGAUAUCUUAAGUACAAUUAGUUGUCAUGAAAACACUGAUAUCUUAAGUACAAUUAGUUGUCAUGAAAACACUGAUAUCUUAAGUACAAUUAGUUGUCGUGAAAACACUGAUAUCUUAAGUACAAUUAGUUGUCAUGAAAACACUUGAUAUCUAAAGUACAAUUAGUUGUCAUGAAAACACUGAUAUCUAUUAGUUGUGCUUUAGUUUUGUGGUGUGGUUGUGUAUAUCUGUGUCAGAGCUUUGUGUCGUAUUGUUUGUCCCUGGUUUACACUGUUCAUUGCAUUCUCUGGUCUGUCACUAUGGAUAGAAAAUCUGGAUACCUAAUCGCCCCAGUGUUGUCCUUAGUAGCUUUUAGUGCUGUUGUUAUUGGUGCCAUUAAUUGUGACAUACCUCUCCGUAUCGACUCGCAGCAGAUUCAUUGUCAUAUACCAUUUACAUACCAUGCCAAUUUCUAUCAAUGCUCUGGAAUUUAACCACAGUCUUGAACUGUACAUUUUCUAGGAAAAUGAAUUUGCAGCAUCCUAAUGAGAAUUGUGAAAAUAAUUGUGUAAUUUGGUUAAAUCAUGGCCCUAAUAGUUAAUGAUAUUGGUUUCAAAGUUGAUUAGAAUCAAUCUAAGGAUAAGGCAGCUUAGGUGUGCAAACAUGAGUCUUUUUGGUUUUCCAUAUGUACAAUAUUUAUGAAGCACCUCCACAAUCUAACCAUGUUGCUAGUUAACUACAUGUAUUAUGAAGUUCUAAUGUAUUCAGUCCUAUUCUGAUGUUGGAUUCUCCAUUUUUUGCCCACAAAUAUAUCACCCUCACAGUUCAUGUAUUAAGCUUGACUAUAUCAUGACACUAGGAUACCAUUGUCUGGAUUUUAAUCAGUUUAAAUGUCUUGUGUGUCAUUUGAAGCUGAGAAAGUUGUGAUUGUUUUCAUGUGAAUGCAUGUAAUAUGAUAAUUUGUGUAUACAUUGUGAGUGUUAUAUUGACUGUGUCUGCAGGUCGCCACAUCAUGUAUAUAAGAAAAAAGUCUGUGAUAGACCCCAGUUUUGUGUGCUGUUACGGCUGUUGAAAUAAAACUACAAUCUUUA